UCUCGCCACAAGAAAAAAAAAAAAACCCAAUUAAUUCUUCUGUUUUCAGCCGACAAAGAAGAAAAAAAGAAAGGGUCUUUGUCGGAAACUAUGGCGGAUUCCGACAACGAUUCGGGGGGGCACAGCAACAGCAACGCGAGCAGCAGGGAGCAGGACAGGUUCCUGCCGAUUGCAAACGUGAGCAGAAUAAUGAAGAAGGCGCUGCCGGCGAACGCGAAGAUAUCGAAGGACGCGAAGGAGACGGUGCAGGAGUGCGUGUCGGAGUUCAUCAGCUUCGUCACCGGCGAGGCCUCCGACAAGUGCCAGAGGGAGAAGAGGAAGACGAUCAACGGCGACGAUUUGCUCUGGGCAAUGACCACCCUCGGAUUCGAAGACUACGUUGACCCCCUCAAAGUCUACUUGGCCAAGUACAGAGAGAUCGAGGGGGAGAAGACCUCCGUCGCCGCCGUCAAAGACGCCGCCGGCGGUGGCUCAGCCGUCACUUCCGGCGGCGGCGGUUAUAACGGUGGGGGGAUUUAUGGUGGUGGUGGUCCGGUGAUGGGAUAUCAUCAUGGAGGACAAAUGUAUGGUGGUGGUGGUGGAUUUCAGCAUAUUGGUGGUGGUGGUAAUUUGGACACUACGGGCAGCUCCGGCAGCUAUGGCGGUGGAAGUGGUGGUGGAGGAGCAACAACGGGGAGGCAGAGGUGAGGUGAGGUGGGGGUGGGGGGUGGAUGUUUUCUUUGCAAAUUAAUGAAGUUACUAAUUAUUUUCUUAAUAGGUAUAUACUUUGAUUAAUCAUCUUUUGAUGAUUAUUUUUUUGACUCUUUUUUUCGAUAAUAUUAAUCGUGUUCCGUUUU